AGCAAAGCAAAAAAAGCCUAGUAACUACAUACGCAGUGUUUACUUCCGUGUUACAAGGGCUUUAUCGCCAAUUGUCAAUGAAUAUUCAUGUAUAAUACGUAAAUAUUAUUGUAUUAACCAGACAUUAGAUACACGUUAAAUUUUAUAAUUAUAUCAACACGUUAAAUUCAUUGAAGUGCAGACAAAAUCUGGAAUGGAAUAUUACCUGACAGGUAAAAUUUAAGUCUUUAGACGCAAGAACAGAAAACAGGCUGCGAAUGAAAUAAUCAGAAUAAUUUCUUUAUUGGGAAAGAAACACCAAAAGAAAUCUAACCUUUGACAGAAAGAUUCCCAGAAAUAUUACCGAUACAUAAACGGAGAUAUGGCAGAGGCAGGUAGUCGAUCCCGAACAGACAGACAGGGUAGCACAGUUGACGAAAUAUUCAAUUGUUCAAUUUGCCACAAUGAAAUGGAAGAUUCGUCAAUAACUCUUUGUGGACAUCGAUUCUGUACUGAAUGUAUCAAGAAGUGGAUAAGGCAGAACCAGAGUUGCCCACAAUGCAGACAACCUGUUACCCCCAAAACCCUUGCCGAGGACAAAUCGUUUAAGGAAUUUAAAAGGAAGUAUAAAGAGGCAAAAGAACAGUCAGAAAACAAUCAACGAGGACAGGGUAAUGGAAUGUCUGUAGAAGAGUUGGGCAACAUUUUACAGAGUGUUAUGCCACAGCGAGAUCAAGACAUGAGAAACCUAACCGACAACCUCAUCUCUAUGAAAGAUCAAGAAAUAAGUCGACUUGAACAAAAUAAACGUGAACAGGCUGCCACUAUUAGCAGAUUAAACGACGAAAUUGAACGUCUAAAAGGUCAAUUAGGUGACGAACUUCCCACUUUGACUGAAAGAUCAACUCAUCUACAAAAUAAAGUGGACACACUUACGGAACAAAACCGACAAUUUCAAGAUAAAAUCAGAACACUUGAGGCCAGUUUGUCGUCAUUAAAAGCAGGUUCAUUACAAGCACAGCAACACAGGAAAAAUUUAGAAGAGCAGCUUAAAGAAAAAACAAAAGAAAUGGUUACAGUAAAGGCUCAAUUUGAUGGAGUUAACAAAGAAAACUUACACCUGAAGUUGCAACUUCAAAGUACAAAAGAUGAUUUGAAAUCACAAAAGGAACAGUUAGAGAAGAGCGAAAGUACCACAACACAAUUAAAAGAGCUUCUAGAUCAAAUGUUUCAGCAGAAACAAUUAUCGGAUGCUGAACUAGAUGCAUCACGACAAAGUUGUCUGCUGCUGACUGAGCAGGUCCAGCAACUACAUAUGUACGAGGUGAUGUAUUCUGAAGCUUCCCAACAACUAGAUUAUCUUAACAAUACUGUGGUGCCACAGAAGGAUUCUGCUAUAGACCAAUUGCAACAAAAAAUAACAGAUCUGAUCGAUGAGGUGGCGGUUUUACAAAGAAACAAUAUUCCACAAGCAGAGCAUUUUGAAAUUCUUCAGACAAGACUAGUAGAGACGAGACAAGAACUUAAACAGUAUUAUGAGGACGAAUAUGGAACCAAAAUGGCUAGCUUAGAGAGGAGGAAUGAAGCUAUGAAAAAACAUGUGACUGAAAUGGAAACUGAACUGAAAAAUCGAGAGGAUGUUGGAGAUGAAUUGAAGGCAGCAACGAGGACAUACAAGGGUUUGAUAAAAGAAAAUUGUGACCUAAAAGAUAAAGUGAAAACAUUAGAGAAACAGAACAAGCAUGUUGCUCAUUACAAAGAGAGAGCAAACAACCUUGAAAGACAAAUCAGCGUUCUAAGGAAUAGAAUUGAGGAGUGAUAUUUAUGUAGCAUUGACGACUAAUGUAAUAAAAUCAUUAAACAUGAAUACAUAUAGCUGGAAUUACCGCAUGCUACUUUUUUGGCAACGUAAUUUGGGAAUGUUCAGUUUGAACGACAUUUCAAAUCAACAAUGUCUACUUUGGAAAAGAAUCAUAACAUUAUGUACAAUUUUGCAACGAACAAUUUCACUAUUUAUAGUUUGGCAAUUAAGAAUUUCACCAGUGAUAAUAUAUGAAUGUAUAAUAUUGUAAUAUUAUGAAACAAUUUACAUAUAACAUGGUAGUGUAUAUGACGAUAUUUAAGUGGCAUUGUAUUGACAACGUAUAUUUUAUUUUCGUAUAUAAUAUAAUUAUAAUGAUGAAAUGUUAACAUGUAUAAAUAUCUGAUGUUGUGAUUUAUUUCAUGAUUAAAUAUUAAAUGCCGAUGAACGAUGGAACAAUGUAUCAUUGUUUAACUUGUUCGAUAUCAUUUAACCAUGUAUAUUUUCUCAAUGUAUGAUGUAACCAUGUAUUUAACGUGCCAAUUUAUAAUAAAUAUAUGUAUAUAGCAAUGUUAGUUUCACCAUGUUUAACUUGUCAAUGUAUGUUGUAAUCCUCAAUAACGUGUCAAUGUAUGAUGUAACAAUUUAUUACGUGCCAAUUUAUGAUAUAACAAUUUAUUACGUGCCAAUUUAUGAUAUAACAAUUUAUUACGUGCCAAUUUAUGAUAUAACAAUUCAUAACUUGUCAUUGUAUGAUCUAUCCAUGUAUAAGGUUUUAAUGUAUGUUCUCGUAAUGGAUAACUUUCAAUGUAUAAUAUAACCAUGUAUAACUUGUCAAUGUAUAAUGUGACCAUGUAUAUAAUGUGUCAGUGUUGAAAUAAUCAACAUACAUGUUUAAACGUGCCAAUGUGUCUUUUAACCAAAUAUAACGUGUUAGUGUCUUAAUAAUAUAAAAUUCACGUUAAUUUAUAAUUUAAUCAUGUAUAAAGUGUCAAAUACCAAUUUAAUCAUGUAUAAAGUGUCAAUUACUAAUUCAAUCAUGUAUAAAAUGUCAAUUUCUAAUUUAAUCAUGUAUAAAGUGUCAAUUACUAUUUUAAUCAUGUAUAAAGUGUCAAUAUAGUGUUUAACAACAUAUAUAAGGUGGAAAAUUUAUCAAUGUAUAAUUGUCAAUUUAUAAAUUAACAAUGUACAAGGUGUCAGUGUAUAAUUUUACCAUGUAUGUCGUGCCAAUGUAUAAUUACUACAAUGUAUGAUUACACCAUUAUGUAACAUGUAAAUGUAUAAUCUAACAUAUAAUGAAAUACUAGUAUAUCAUGUCAUUGUAUUAUAAUUUAACUAUGUAUAAUGUCUCAACACAUAAUGUAACGAAGUUUAACACGUGAAUGUAUAAGUUAACGUAUAAUGAUAAAAUAUGUACAUCAUGUCAUUGCAUUGUGUUGAGUGGCAGUGUAAAAUGUGACGUUUUGUUGUUUAAAUGUAUAAUGGGUAUAUAUGUUAUGUGGUAGUGUGGAAUGUGACCCUGUGUUAUGUGACAGUGCAUGAUAUAAUCAUUUUUAUGUGAUAGUGUUAAAAUAUCCUAUAAUAAUGUCAAUUGUGAACUUUUGUUAUCUAACAGUGUAUAGUGUGACUUGUGUUGAAUGAAAGUGUAACAUGUGUGUCGUGACAGUGUAUAUAUGGCAGUGUGUAAUGAUAUCACGACUUAUGUAACAUUGUAUUCUAGAGCAAUGAAUAUUGUGACAAUACGUUAAAUGUAAAAUAUCACAGUGUACAAGUACAAAUGUUGCUGCAAUGCAGCAAUUUAGAAGCUCCGCGCAAAAAUGUGCUCAUCACAGAUACCUUUCCAAAUUAGUCCUACGCACAAGCCAUGUUAUAUUCAGAUUAAGUACUAUUGUAGAUUUUUUCCGAAUGUUUUGUAAACCAUUGUUUGCAUAAUUAUACUUAUCUUAUGCACUGUCCAUAAUUAAAAAGAGGGGAAAAUUUUUAAUAUAAAAAUGCUUUCAUUGAUGCCUACCUGGUAAGGAAAGUAAUUCCAUUGAAUACAAACAAGACUUGUAAAUGUUAUGUGACAUGACUGUACUGUAUUCUGCUUGUGUCACUACUGUAGUCAGUAACAAAAGAUGAUAAAAAUAUCAAAGUCUGUUAUAAUUGUAACAAAUAUACAAAUAGUAACAAAAGGGACUAA